AUGGCCACCAGUAACCUCAUGUACUCUGUUGACCAAGAAAUUACUGACUUCAUCGAGAAGACUACAGAGACUCCCUCAGCGUGUGACUCUCUUGCGAGGGAGCGUCUUGGUGGGAGCAUCGUUCCGGUGGCCGUGCAAGGUGCAUGCAGCUAUACCGUCUAUGCUGGACCCAAUGCCGAAUUCGUCGUUCAGUUUCGUCUUGCGUCCCUUCAACUAGGUAUGAAUGUUACAAAUCUCGCUCGAAGCAUUUACGGCCAAUUUGCACCCCAGGUGACAUUUCUGGGGCAAAUUGGUGAAGGAAUCGAGAGCAAAGAACCCCUUUACAUCUACAUCCUGAGUCGAGUACGAGGCAUUAGUUACUUGGAUUUUAUCCUGGCACAUAACAGUCAGGUGCCCAAAAACUCACCCAAGUUUUCUUCAUGGCGCAAGAAUUUAGUCAUUGAUAUCGCGAAGUAUUCUUAG